AUUCAUUUUUAGUUUUAAUUUUCCUUAUAGUCAAUUUUACGGUUCAAUAAGAAGUUUAUAGAUUUCGCUCGCUAUCUCAUUGUAUGGGAAUUAUUGUAAACAUACUCUAAUAUCGGAACCUUUAACCUUUAUUUACUGAAGUAAUGUAUAACAAAUUGCAAAUAUAGAUAAGAAGAUGCGCGAUAUAUUUCAUACCGUCAGUGUGAAAAAUAAAAGGAGAUGGCUAUAUUUUAUCUGAAAGUUGAUUAAUAACCUGUUACCUGAAGAAAUAUUUGUUGAUUUGUUUUUACCUUAGUCUGGAGCUCAGAAUCCCAAUGAUCAGAUGUUAUGUUUUUUCUGUCUUGCUGUAUGGCUUUGAAAGUUGGACAAUGGACUCUGAAACCAAAAACCAAAAUAGAUGCCUUUGAGAUGAAUGUAUAGAGACGGUGUGGAGAAUUUCAUGAGUACAAAAAGUUACUGCCGAUGAAAUUAGCCGUUGACACACGUCAAGUAUGAGUUCAGGGCUAAAGUUGUUGGUAGGUUGUAGACCUGCUCCAGUUCCACUAUUAUCUAGCUUGUUCAGGAAGAACAAUACAAAAGUGUGCCAUAGAAAAAUGUCAGUGUUAAAAACAAAAGAAAAACAAAUUAUUACCCCCCUAGAGGAAGCAAAGCGCUUUAUGAUAGACUGUUUUAAAGCGGUGGGAACUAAUCAAACUCAUGCUGAAAUAGUAGCAAAUAAUUUGCUGGAAGCCGAUUAUAGAGGACACUACAGCCAUGGAAUGAAUAGAUUAGAAAUGUACCUUAAAGAUGUAAAGAGUGGGCUAACGCUUCCCAAUAUCGUGCCUACAAUAGAUCAAGAAACAGUGGCCACUGCUGUAGUUAAUGGUAAUAAUGGCUUUGGUGCUGUUGUUGGACAGUACUGUAUGAAUUUAGCUAUAGAAAAAGCUGAAACUACUGGAAUAGCACUAGUUGUGUGUCAUCAUUCAAAUCAUUAUGGAAUUGCUGGAAUAUACGCCCUGCAAGCAAUUAAAAGAGGAUUGAUUGGAUUCAGUGCUACGAACACGUCCCCUCUAAUGGUUCCCACUAGGGCAACUAAGUCAGCUUUGGGAACAAAUCCAAUAUCAUUGGGAGUGCCUGCCAACGAUGGAGAUAAUUUUGUUCUGGAUAUGGCGACGACUGCUGUUGCUCUAGGAAAGAUUGAAAUUCAACGAAGAAAAGGAGAGCAAAUACCACAAGGAUGGGCUUUAAACAAAGAAGGCAAAGUUGAGACUGAUGCUAGUGUCGCCUAUAAGGCUACGAGGUUGCUUCCUCUCGGAGGAGAAGAAUUAAAUUCUGGAUAUAAAGGAUACGGGUUGGGAAUGUUCGUUGAGAUAUUAUGUGGAAUUUUAGCAGGAUCAUCAUAUGGACCAAAUAUACGAAACUGGACUGACUUCGGCAAGGAGGCAAACCUAGGACAUGCCUUUAUGGCGAUAAAUCCCAAAGUAUUUGCACCUGGAGUAGAAGAUAGGAUGAGUGACUUAAUGAAUUCGUUAAGAAACAUGGAACCUGCUAAUCCAAAUCUACCUGUGUUAGCUCAUGGCGAUGUUGAAAGGCAACAUAUGGAAAAAGUUCAUAAAGACGGAGGUUUGUCCUACGUCCAAAAUCAACAUGAUACGAAUAAGAGGCUUGCUGAAAAAUUAAAGAUUUCUCCGAUGAUUUCGAUUUGAAAAAUAGGAGAGAAGUAUAACACAUAAAUGUUAUUUGUUUCAUGUUUUCGAAAAUACUACAUAGCAACCUAGACUUUGGACAAUAUCAAAUGCGUUAUACGUCAAGUAUGGCGUAGUUUAUUUUUUAAAUAAUCUUAUAAUGUUAAUAGUGGAGUCACUGAAGGUGGAUAUGAGCUAUUACCUCCGAUUUCGUUGAACCUCCAUCGAUUUGGAUGAAAUUUGGUAAGUGGUUAGAGGAUAUCUCAAGGAACAAAAACGACAUGGUGUCAACUUGCGCUUUUACCUUGGGGGUGGAUGCCACCCCUUCUCGGGGGUGAAAAUUAUUUUAUUAAAAAUAACCCCAUAUUGCGGUAGAGAGACAAAUUAUAAGCAAAAUUUGUUAUAUAAAAUUAUUAAUAUAAAAUAAAACUUUUUGAGUUAUUAAAGAUCAAAGAUUUUAAUUAUUCGUGAGAAAAAUGCAUGUUUUUAAACGAUUUUUCAUAAAUAACUCAAAAACUAUAAGUUUUUACAAAAAAGUUAAUAUUACCAAAAUUGAAGAUAUUAAAAUACGAAAUAAAUCCCUUACUAGAAAAACCUUUUAGUGUUAACUAAAAGUGAGUUAUAGGUAAUUGAAUGUAUAUUUCUUUAGGCGACUACCCAAAUCUAAGUAUUCAAGCUUAAAUAACGGGAAAAUUAUGCAUUUUAUAACACAAACUUAUUAAACAUUUUGUCUAAGUAUUUAAAAAUAUCUAUUAGAUGAGCUUACGAACAAGUUGAUAGCAUUAAAAUUUAUGUUCCAAAAAUUUUUCAAAAGAUAUAUUUUAAAAAUUUUUCCAAAAAAUGUUAUUGUUCUUUUUUUUUUAAAUAACUCCGUUAAUUUUGAGACAUGAGAUUCGCCUAAAAACCAUUUGAAAGCUAAAACUAAGGGCUUCUAAACCACGUUAAAUUUAAUCUUUUAGACCCCUUACUUUUUUAAUAAUAAAAGGUUAAAUUGCCCAGUUACAUGGUUCUCGCAGUCAAAAUUUAAGAUUAAAACGUUUCUAUCUCGGUUCUUUUGUACCCUACAAAAAUACUAAAAAACGCAAAAUAUUUGGUACAGAAAAAAAUAAAGUUUGAUUAUAUAUAAUUUUUUUCGUAUAUUGAGUAUUUUUGGAGUUAUUAUUAAAAGAAAAUGAAAAUAACGACAAUCUGAAAAAUUCUGAUUUUUUUAAAUUAUAUCUUUUUUUCAAAAACAUGUAUUCUAAACCGGUCAAAAUUGUCAAAAUCAUUACUUAUGCUAAUAUAAAGAAACUAUUUUAAGGAUUUCUAUAAAUUUUAAUUUUUGUAGAAAUGGCGAUGUUUUAUUUUUCACUUUUUCCAAAAAAAUUCCAAAAAGUUCUCUUAUAUUCAUCAUAACUUGUUUAAUUUUGAUGCUAUUAACGUCUUAUGGAUCUCAUUUGAUAGUUAUUCCGAAGUACUUUGACAAGUGUUAAGUAGGUAUAUUUUAUAAAAUGCAUAGUUUUCCCGUUAUUUAAGCUUGAAUACUUAGAUUUGCGUACUCAUCGAAAAAAAUAUACCUUCAAUUACCAAUAACUUACUUUGAAUUAACAUAAAUGUAGUUCUUUAAAGGAGAAAUGUAUUCAAUUUUUUAUUAUCUUUAAUUUUGGUAAUAAUAACUUUUUUCUAAAAGCUUAUAUUUUUUGAGUUAUACGUGAAAAACUGCUUUAAAACAUGCAUUUUUUUACGAAAAAAUAAAAUCUUUGAUCUUUAAUAACUCAAAAAGUAUUGUUUUAUAUUAAUAACUUUCUAUAACAAAUUUUGCUUAGAAUUUGUCCCUCUAUCGAUUUAUGUUAUUAUUUUUAAUGAAAUAAUUUUCACCACCGAGAUGGGGUGGUAUCCACCCCCAGGGUAAAAGCGCAAGUUGGCAUCAUGUCACCUUUGUUCCUUGAGGUAUCCUAUAACUACUCACCAAUUUUCAUAAAAAUCGAUUGAGGUUCAACGAAAUCAGAGGUGAAAACCUUCAGUGACUGCAGUAUAACUAUUUGUAACGUACCUUUUAAUCAUUUGUUUUGGUAUUAUUAAGUUUUAGAAGAUUUAUAUUAAAUAUCUGCAAAAUAAUUAAAAAAUUAAUUUUGUAGUUAUUUUAUAUUUUGGCAAUACUAUAAAUAUAAUAUGUAAUUAUGAAAAUACUUAUAUUUCAUAAGUAUCUGCUUAUAACAUUUUCCAUGAGCAUUAUGCUUAGUGAAUAUAAUUAACAUUAAAUCAAAAAGUAUAAAGUACCUAUACUUUUUUUAAUGUUUUCAAUAUUUAAUAUGCUUUUCUUCACUAGUAUUCAAUUGUGCUAUCUGUUCAUAGUCCUGUCAAUGAAGGUAAAAUACAGCAAAACUGCAAAUUUUUGAUCCUGCAACGAUUUUCACCAAAAUUUGGCUCUAGGUUCUACUUAGUCUCUACUUAAAGUUGCUUAAAGUCUACUGUGCCGUAGGGUGAUUUUACACUGAAGAGGAGAUGCCAUCCUUUCUCGGAGGUAAAGUUUUAUUAAAAAUAACAGGAAUAAAUAUAUUAAUCAUUUUUUAGCAAUUGUUGUUCUAAACUUACGUGCAUAGAAAUCGGCCCGCUUAAAAAUUUGGUCAUAUUUGAUGUCUAAUAUUUCCUAAACUUAUUGGCCGAUUUAAGUAAUUUCUUGAACAUGUUAUAGCCUGACUCUUUGACAAUACCACUGUAAUAAUAUUCCUGCUAAAAGGGUAAGUUUUCACUGUAUACCGGGUAUACCAAUCAAACUGUGUUUUUUUUCUCAAAGUUCGCAUCACCAUGUGCAAUAUUCUAGCAUUUAUAAAAUACUGAAAUUAAAACUUAACUAUAGCCUCAGGUUUUCUUAACAUUUUGUUUUUCGAUUCAUUCGUUUAUGUUGGAUAAUAAAAAAGUUAGGUACUUUAACAACUAGACAUGUUCUUCAUCAAUACACGGUGUUUCUAAAUAAUUACGACAAACUUUAAGGGGUAAUUCUGCAUGAAAAAAUAAUGAUAGUUGGCUUUAUAAAUGUAUGUCCGCAAAUGUUUCGUUUCCUAGUUACGGGAUAUUGAAAUUUUUCUUACAAACUGACGAUUUAUUUAUUACUUUAAAACCAGUUGAGAUAUGAGAAUGAAAUUUGGUGAGUUUUAAGAGAUAGUUAUUGCGGAUUUUUUGACAUAAAAUUAAGAAUUUUAUAUUCACCAUUAGCGUGCAUACAGGUAAUAUGAUCGGUCAUAUUACACGUAUACGCGCUAAUGGUGAAUAUUAAAUUCUUAAUUGUAUGUCAAAAAAUGUGCAACAACUACGUCUUAACACCCACCAAAUGUCAUUUACAUAUCUUAACUGGUUUUAAAGCAAUAAAUAAAUCGUCAGUUUGUAAGAAAAAAUUCAACAUCCCGUAUCUCGUAAACGAAACAUUUGCGGACAUAUGUUUAUGUUGCAAACCGUCAUUAUUUUUUCAUGCAGAAUUACCCCUUAUUUGUCGCACUUAUUUAGAAACACCGUGUAUUGAUAAAGAACAUGUCGAGUUGUUAAAGUACCUAACUUUUUAUUAUACAACAUAAACGAAUGAAUUAAAAAACAAAAUGUUAAUAAAACCUGAGGCUAUAGUUGGAUUUUAAUUUCAGUAUUUUACAAAUGCUAGAAUAUUCCACAGGGGGAUGCGAACUUUGAGAAAAAAACACAUUUUGAUUGGUACACCCGGUAUACAAUGAAAAUUUACAAUAAUAUUACAGUAGUAUUGCUAAAGAAUCAGGCUAUAACAUGUUCAAAAAAUCACUUAAAUCGGCCAACAGGUUUAGGAAAUAUUAGACAUCAAAAAUGACAAAAAUUUUUAAGUUGGCCGAUUUCUAUGCACGUAAGUUUAUACAGUGCGGUGGAAUAAGUGUUGCCCCCCCCCCCUGUUAACUUGUUUAUUUUAAGAAUAUAAGCAAAACGCUCGGACAGGUCGAUUUUUAAACUAACCAUAGUAUAUUAUAGCAUCAACGUUUCGAACUUUACGCGAUCCCUCUUCAGGUGACCGCCAUAACUUUGAUUUUUUUAAAUGGGAAAGUACAUCAUGUAACACCUCAUUUAAAACCUCUUAAAAUACUGAUUUCAAAAAUGUAUAAUACUUUAAUCCUGUUUAAGAGCGUAGUUGCAAAAUUUCGGUCGAAUUCUUUCUAAAUGCAAUCAUUUUUUUCGAAUCCCGAAAAAACUAAUAAGUAUUUUUGAAAAAAUUAAAGCAGAAUGAAAUAUUACAGUAUUCUCGAUGGUCCAAAGUCCCUGAGAACUCCUAUAAUGUUUAUUUUAAUAAGUCACAGUAGAGAAAAAAAGAGAAAAUUUACUGUGAUUUUUAAUUUCAAAUAUAUCAUUCAAAAGAAACUUUCUAUUUAUUCUAAGGGACUGUCAGCCCUCGGUAAUAAUCUAAUCUUUCAUUCUGCGUUUAAAUUUUUCAAAAAUACUUAUUAGUUUUCUCAGAAUUCGAAAAAAAUAAAUGCGUUCAAAAAGUGUUCGACCGAAAUUUUGCGCCUACGAUCUCAAAAAGGAUUAAAGUAUUAUACAUUUUUGAAAUCAGUAUUUCAAAAGCUGUUAAAUGAGGUGUUACAUGAUGUACUUUAGUUAUGGCUGUCACCUGAAGAGGGAUCGCGUAAAGUUCGAAACGUUGAUGCUAUAAUAUACUAUGGUUAGUUUAAAAAUCGACCUGUCCGAGCGUUUUGCUUAUAUUCUUUAAAUGAACAAGUUAACAGGGGGGGGGGGGCAACACUUAUUCCACCGCACUGUAUAUUUUUUCUAAAAGGCAAUACUUUACGUCUUAUUUGCAAGUGAAAAUGUCAAUUUUUUAACAAGAAAAAGACAUUAUGAAUAUUGGUUCUUCUUCGUCAAAUUCCAAAAUUGUAAUCAAUGCAUUUUUUAUGGAAAACAUCUUUUUUGUAGUUCCGGAAGAAAAUUUAAUUUUUAUUUAAAGAAAUAAAAAUGAAGGUUUAUUCUGCUUAUAUUUAUCUAUAUGAAAACCAGAUCGUUAAGACCUAGAGGUUUUAUAAAAAUUAUUUUAUAACAAAUAAAAAUAAAGAUUUACUCCGCUUAUAUUGGGGCGAGGGACAUCAAAAUCCACCAUUCUAAGUAUAGGACAACAUUUGCUUAAAAUUCGUUAAUAUAUUCAAUUAUAUUAAUAUUCAAUUAUAUAUAUUAUUUUUAAUAAAAAAUUACCCCGUGCGAGAAAGCGAUGCGUCCCCUCAGGAUAAAGCACUCUACGGCAAAGGGUCAACUUUGAAGUUGAGAGUAAGUAGAAAAUGCUCCUUGAUUGGACAAUAAAUGUUAUAAGAAAUAAUUUAAACAUGUAAAACAGUACAUAAAAUAGAACCAUAUAGGGAAUUUUUCGGAAGCAUGAGACAAAUAUAAAUAUAAAUAUAAAUAUAAAUAUAAAUA